AAAAUGAUAAUCGCGAGAGUUUUGUUUUGUUUCCUCUGUUUCAUCGCCUUGGUGUACGGGCUAUCGAGUCCUGAUAUGGAGAUCAUGAUUACUCUGAGAAACUCCCUGAAGUCUUCAAAGCUCGACUGGUCCGGCCCGGAUCCUUGUCACUGGACAGGUUUACAAUGCGAAGGCAAUCGGGUCACGAGUAUCCAAAUCAGGAAUACCGGAACCUCAGGAACUCUACCUCCCGAUCUCAAAAAGCUCUCGUCUUUGGAAGUUUUCGAGGUGAUGGGUAACAGUUUAACCGGAAAGAUCCCGAGUCUCGCUGGGUUGGAAUCGUUAAGGACGUUUAAUGUUCAUGACAAUGAUUUCACUUCAAUCGAUGCGGAUUUCUUCACCGGUUUGAGUUCCCUUCGGGAUGUGAUUCUGGACAACAAUCCGUUGGUCUCCUGGGAGAUCCCUUCGAGUUUACAGAAUGCGACUUCUUUAACAAAAUUUUCUGCCGCAAGGUGUGGACUUUCCGGGAAAAUCCCGGAUUUUAAUUGGACCCAUGAUUUCUCUAGUUUACAGACUCUGGUAUUGUCUGGUAACUCGCUUGAAGGUGAACUUCCUAUGAGCUUCGCUGGAUCAAUCAUUCAGGUUCUGUUAAUUAACGGGCAAAAGGGAAACGAGAAGCUUAAUGGGUCAAUCUCAGUUCUGCAGAAGAUGACUUCUUUAACUAGUGUAUCCCUCCAGGGAAACGGGUUCUCAGGUCCCUUACCGGACUUUACCGGUCUGGUCUCGCUGAAAAGUUUCAACUGCAGAGAGAAUCAGCUUACCGGUCCCGUACCGUCUUCUUUAACCGGGUUGGAGUCUCUCUCUAAUGUUGCUUUGGGGAAUAAUCUGCUUCAAGGACCAACCCCAAAGUUCAAGUCCAAGUAUACAAAGGUUGAUAUGACUGGUCUCAAUAGUUUCUGCUUGAAUACUCCAGGUAGCACUUGUGAUCCACGUGUUAACACUCUGCUUUCGAUCGUUGAGGCAUUUGGUUACCCUGUGAGACUUGCGCAGAGCUGGAAAGGAAACGAUCCUUGUGAUGGUAAAAGCAUGUGGGUAGGGAUCACUUGUGCCGGAGGUGAAAUCACGGUUAUAAACUUCAAGAACAUGGGCCUAACCGGCACUAUCUCUCCACGGUUUGCUAAUCUUACGUCUGUUCGUGUUAUUGAUCUCUCUCAGAACAAUCUUACCGGUACUAUUCCACAAGAGCUCACUAAUUUGACUCACUUGACAACUCUUGACGUUUCGAAUAAUCACUUGUAUGGUCAAGUACCGGACUUUAAGCCAAAUGUUGUAAACACUAGUGGGAAUCCUGACAUAGGCAAAGAUUCCCCUGGUUCGUCUUCCGGGAAUAGUAAGGCUGCAAAAAUCGUGGGUGCUAUUAUUGGAAUCGUCCUGUGUUUGCUUCUUAUCGGAUUUGCCGUUUUAUAUUUGGUCAAGAAAAAGAAGCAAGAUCGUAAGAUGCAUCCUCAAAAAUACGACCAAGAUGAAGUCAAGAUCACUAUAGGGAAUCUUGGUGUUGGUGGAAGUGAGAGUGGUCUCAGUGGUAGCGACGCUCAUCAUAUGAUACUGGAAGAUGGGAACACUGUGAUCUCAAUACAGGAUUUGCAGGAUGCUACGGAUAAUUUCAAAGGAAAGAAUAUACUUGGGAGAGGCGGGUUUGGAAUUGUUUACAAAGGGGAAUUGCAUGAUGGGACAAAGAUUGCUGUUAAGAGAAUGGAUCCUUCGAUUCUAAGUGGAAAAGGUUUGGAUGAGUUCAAGUCUGAGAUUUCUGUGCUAACUAAAGUUCGACACCGGAAUCUUGUGAAACUUCAUGGGUUUUGCUUAGAAGGCGAUGAGAGACUUCUGGUUUAUCAGUACAUGCCUCAAGGAACAUUGAGUAGGCAUAUAUUCCAUUGGCAGGAAGAAGGGCUAAAACCUCUAGAGUGGUCUAGAAGACUGAUUAUUGCUUCGGAUGUGGCUAGAGGAGUUGAGUAUUUGCAUACUUUAGCGCAUAAAAGUUUCAUUCACAGAGAUCUCAAACCUUCUAAUAUUCUUCUUGGAGACGAUAUGCAUGCCAAAGUUGCUGAUUUUGGGUUAGUCAGGCUUGCCCCUGAAGGCACGCAAUCGAUUGAGACAAAAAUUGCUGGAACUUUUGGUUAUCUUGCACCAGAAUACGCAGGUAUAUCGGGAAGAGUUACAACAAAGGUUGAUGUUUACAGUUUUGGAAUCAUUCUUAUGGAGCUUAUAACUGGUCGAAAAGCACUUGACGCUAAGAGAUCUGAGGAAGAUGUACACCUUGCCACAUGGUUUAGGAGAAUGUUCAUCAACAAAGACUCAUUUCCAAAGGCCAUUGAUGAAACAAUUGAGAUCAACGAAGAGACACUCAGAAGCAUCAACAAAGUCGCUCAGCUUGCAUGUCAUUGCAGUGCCAGGGAACCUCAACAGAGACCAGACAUGAGUCACGUGGUCAACGUGUUGGUCUCACUCCUUGACCAGUGGAAACCCGAAGAACGAAGCCGUGACUCUGAAGAUAUCUUUGGAAUUGAUUACGACACACCUCCUGUUCCUUUGGAGAUAAUAGAAGGACUUGGCAAUGUUUCCCUUGCUUCUACUUUCCAUGGAGAUAAUACUCUGACGAGUAUACCGUCACGACCUCCCGAGCUUGACAACACAUUCAAAUCCGGACAAGGGAGGUAA